AUGAGACUCGCAGCAUCCAAACAGCAAGACCUCUUCCGCCUCCUAAAACAGCAAACCACCAAAGACCACCCUUAUCACAUCCGCCACCUCUCCACCGCCGAACCCACUCACCCACCACCACCACCUCAAGCACCAACAUCACCACCACCACUUUCUUUCGACCCAUCAUUCGUUACCCAAGUAGUCACUCUCCUCCAAACCACCGACACCAAUGACUGGACCACCAACACCACUCUUCACCAUCUCCUCUUUCUCUCUCCUCAUUCACUGUCUCCUCUCUCCCUCCUCCGCAUCACCCGUGGCUUGGGCUCAACCGCCAAAGCCCUCCAAUUUUUCGACUAUAUUCGCACAACCUCACCGUCCCCACCGGACCCUCUUUCUCUUUCCUCCACUUUCCAGGCCAUUUUCGAGUUCGCAAGUCGAGAACAACCCGACUCAGCCACCAAGCUCUAUGAACUUUUCACCAGCUCAAGAGAUCAAAGCAUUCCUCUUUCAAAGAAUUCCGCAACCCUUCUUAUCCGAUUCUUUGGCCGGGCCAGAAUGGUUGAAAAAUCGCUUAUUGUAUACAAAGAACUCGACCCAGAUAGAAGAAAUAUCCAUGUGCGUAAUACAGUAAUCGAUGUUCUGCUGCGAUCAGGUGGAGUUGACGAGGCCGUUAAAGUGCUCGAUGAAAUGCUUGAUAGAGAGUCGAAGUAUCCGCCGAAUGAGAGAACACUGGAUAUUGUUUUGGCCGGGAUGUUGAAGUGGAAUUGGAGUGGGAGGAGUGUGAGUGAGGAGGAGAUUGUUGGUUUGGUUUUGAAAUUGGGGGAACAUGGUGUGUUUCCUAAUAAUGUGUGGUUAAGUCAAUUAACUACUAGGUUGUGUAGGAGUGGUAAGAGUAAUAAGGCUUGGGAGUUUUUGUAUGAUGUGAGGAGGUUGGGUGGUGCUGUGGAAGCUGCUUCUUGCAAUGCCCUUUUGACAGGUUUGGGCAGAGAGCAUGAUUUUGUGAGGAUGAAUAUGCUUUUAAGGGAGAUGAAGGAAGAGAAAAUUCAGCCGAAUGUUGUAACGUUUGGAAUUCUAAUUAAUUAUCUGUGUAAGCUCCGUAGGGUUGAUGAGGCAUUGGAGGUAUUCAAGAAGAUGAGAGGCAAUGAAAAUGAUGAAAUUUCCGUUGAACCGGAUGUUGUGCUUUAUAAUACUUUGAUUGAUGGAUUAUGCAAAGUUGGGAGGCAAGAAGAAGGCUUGGGUUUACUGGAACAGAUGAAAUCACGACAUGAAAGUGCACCUAAUACUGUUACCUACAAUUGCUUGAUUGAUGGUUUUUGCAAGGCUGGUGAAAUUGAGAGGGCCCAUGAGCUUUUGGAUCAGAUGUACAAGGAGGGGGUGAUGCCAAAUGUGAUUACACUUAAUACUUUGGUUGAUGGCAUGUGUAAGCAUGGGAGAAUCAAUAGUGCAAUGGAUUUCCUUAAUGAAAUGCAGCAAAGGGGUCUGAAAACUAAUGCAAUUACUUACACUCAAAAGGGUUUGAAAACUAAUGCAAUUACUUACACUGUCUUGAUUAGUGCUUUCUGCAAUGCCAACAAUAUUGAUAAGGCUAUGGCAUUAUUUGAUGAAAUGUUAAAAACCGGGUGUUCUCCAGAUGCAAUUGUGUACUACUGCUUGAUCUCUGGUCUAAGCCAGGCGGGAAGGGUCGAUGAUGCUAGCUUUGUGGCAUCAAUGAUGAAGAAAGCUGGGUUCGGCUUAGAUAUUGUAAGCUACAAUGUUCUGAUUAGUGGGUUCUGCAAGAAGAAUAAAUUGGAGAAAGCUUAUGAGAUGCUUAAGGAUUUGGAGGAAGCUGGAGUGAAGCCUGAUAGUGUUACAUACAACACUUUGAUUUCAUAUUUCAGUGAAACUGGAGAUUUUAGGACAGCCCAUACGUUGAUGAGGCGGAUGGUUAAAGAUGGUCUCGUGCCCACUGUUGUUACUUAUGGAACACUGAUUCAUGCAUAUUGCUUGGUGGGCAAUCUUGACGAAGCAAUGAAAAUUUUUACAAACAUGAGUUCUGCAUCAAGGGUAUCACCCAAUACCGUUAUAUAUAAUAAUCUGAUAGACUCUCUCUGCAAGAAUAAGAAAGUAGAAAUUGCUCUUUCCCUAAUGGAUGAUAUGAAAACCAAGGGAGUGAAGCCAAAUACCAACACAUACAAUGCCAUGUUCAAAGGCCUUCAGGAGAUAAACUGGUUGGAGAAAGCACUCCAACUUAUGGAUCAAAUGACUGAACAGGCUUGUAAUCCCGAUUAUAUUACUAUGGAAGUUCUUACGGAUUGGCUUUCUGUUGUGAACGAAACAGAAAAAUUAAGAAAUUUUGUGCAAGGGUAUGAAGUGUCUGCUUCAAUUGCAUAG